AUGCCGCCCAACGAACGUACACCUCUGGUCAGCGCAAACGACAACGGACUGCCGAGCCACAACAAUGAGCACAGCGGCGCGCAUUCGCAGCAGCCCAACAUCGUCAGCUCGCUCUACUGGAUCUUGACGUGUUCGUGGAUCAAUGCGUUCCUGGUGUUUGUGCCGCUCGGUAUCGUGGCCGAGCACCUGCACUGGCCUGCGAUCUGGAUCUUUUCGCUCAACUUCCUCGCCAUCAUCCCGCUCGCCAAGAUUUUGGGCGAUGCGACCGAACAGGUCUCGCUGCGCUUGGGACAGACGUUGGGCGGUCUGCUCAACGCUACGUUUGGCAACGCUGUCGAGCUGAUCGUCGGUAUCGUUGCGUUGAUCCAGGGUCAGUUGAGGAUCGUGCAGACCAGUCUGAUCGGCUCGAUCCUGAGCAACAUCCUGCUGGUGUUGGGCAUGAGCUUUGUCGCCGGUGGGCUGUUUAGGAGCGAAAACACGUUCCAGCAGACGGCGGCCCAGGCUAGCGGAUCGAUCAUGACGCUCGGUUGCAUCACACUCGCAAUUCCGGCAGCGUACCACAUGUCGGUCAAAUCGAGCGCUGCUCUGGCGGGCAACUUCGAAAAACUCGCUCUGCUCAAUGCGCCCGUCGUCGGCGAGGAGGAUCGUACGGGAUUGCUGUUCAUCUCGAGAGGCACUUCGCUGAUUCUGGUGGGCAUCUACGUCCUGUAUCUGUACUUCCAGCUCAAGUCGCAUGCGUUCCUCUACGAAGCCGACGAGCAAGACGACGAGCAAGAGGAGGCCAACAUGUCUCCGAUCGCCGCCAUGAUCGCGUUGGGUGGCGUGACCGUGCUCACCGCCUUCAAUGCCGACUACCUUGUCGGAGCAAUUGACGAAGUCGCCAACGACUACAAAAUCCCCAAGGCCUUCAUCGGCACCAUUCUGCUGCCCAUCGUCGGCAACAUGGCCGAACACUUGACUGCUGUGUGGAUGGCCAGCAAGGGCAAGAUGGAGAUCAGUCUCGGUAUCGCCAUCGGUUCUUCCAUCCAGAUCAGCGUCGGCAUGAUUCCUAUCCUCGUCCUUGUCGGUUGGGCGAUCAAGCAACCUCUGACGCUCUACUUUGAGACGUUCGAAACCGUCAUCCUCGUCGCCGCCGUCUUCCUGGUCAACACGCUCGUCCAGGAUGGUAAGAGCAAUUACAUGGAGGGCGCUAUGCUGUGCAGCUUGUACGCCGUUGCUGCGUUGAGCUUCUGGGUCUCGCCAGAGGUGUAG